ACAGAGGUGAGCUGAUGGUGCUCAUGAAGGAAAUACCAACUGGAUCUGGAGUUCACAAACUUCUGCCAAACCUGCAGCAUCCUGGGAAAUGUGUCAACGUGAUACCGCUGAAAGACAGUCAGCUGUCUCAAAUACAUCAAGUUGAACUUGCCAACUUUGACAUGCAGUCACUCGUGGCCAUCAAGACAUAUUCUGGAUACACAAAUGUCAGUGUGGUUGCAGACGCUCUGGUCAACGGUCUGAUCGUUUCCAACCACAUAUUCCAGACAAAUGAAACAAACAGUGGUGUCAUCGCAGAUGUGAGCGGAUGCAGAUUCGCAGGUAUGGUUUAUCAGACCAACACGACGGUCUACGAGCCGAGCAUCUGCUCCACGGUGACCUGUCAGGCAAGUGGAGUCGCAACAGCAGUCAGCGGCUGUGCUUCCAUGGAGCGUUGCCAGGGCAACGGCAGCUGUGCCUUGAACGCCGUCUGCACUGUGGCCGGCUCCAUCGUCAUUGACUUCAUGGGCGGACAUCAGCCUGUACCUGAUCGCUGUGGCUACGCCUUGCUGAGGUCCCCCGCCCUCUCUGGAGUUCAGGUGGUGGGAGUUUUCAAAGAAAGACGAAGUAAAAGUGUGAGUUUUUUGGAGCGGGUGAUUCUGCAGCUGGAUGGGGAAGGCGUUGAGAUUUCUAUGGAGCAAGGCAACAGAGUUCAGCUGGACGACACUCUGCUGAUGCUCAAUGCCACGGCUCAGUUGGUCCACGGUGUUGAGCUUUCUAAAGACCAGACAGGUGUAACUGUAAAGAUAACGGACUCCAACUACAACCUGUCGGUCCUCUUUGAUGGCUUCACCGCCAUCAUCCACAUGACAGGACCACCUGGAGCAGCGAUGCAUGGUUUAUGUGCCGAUUCAAGCGCAACUCUGAACCAAGAAAGAGUUACUAAGCACAGCACCACAGACUGUGGGACACAAUAUGAAGACAGUACAACUGACUGCCACUCUACAACUGCAUGGUGUAAUCUCCUGAAGGAGGGUCCUUUCGCUGCAUGUAACUCAUAUGUUGACCCCAAACCCUUCAUAGAUGGCUGCACACAAAAUUUGUGUGAACACCCUCCAGAGGACGACUUUAAGUGCCAGUUCCUGGAAGCCUACGCCCAGACCUGCAGGCACUACGGAGAUGUUACAGUGGAGGGCUGGAGGUCACAGACUGGCUGCUCUGCUGGUUUUCAGGCCAUAUGUCGGGACAAGUUCUGCAGUGAUCACGAGUUCUGUGGGGUGGACAGCAUUACUGGGGAAACCCGCUGUCUUUGCAGGGCCAUUUUUGCCUCAAAGUACAAACCAACAAACAGCUAUGGUGAGCCGAUAGUCUGUGAGAAGAAGUCUGCAUCAGUGACUCUGGCUAACUGCUUGCUGAAGGAUAAAGGCAUUGACUACUCUAUCUUAACACUCAAUGACCAGACCUGCAGAGGUGAGAUGGACAACGUGACCCACAUGGUGACAUUUAGCUCCAACAGCGAGAACGCCUGUGGAACAGUUAUCAUGGCGAACAGCAGUCACAUCAUCUACAAAAACACCAUCAUGACACAGAACCUCUCCACAUCAGACAUGAUCGUCCGUCACGACAACGUGCACAUGGACUUCUCCUGUUAUUACACUCAGCCAGACGUCAAGAGCUUGGCCAUCAGGCUCAGACACAGCUCUGUCAUCCAACACAUUUCUUUUGGAGAAUGGAAAUACAAUCUGACCUUGGAGGCCUACACGAACCCCGACCGCACGGAGCCUGUUGAUUCCAACACGGACAUUGCACUGAAUGAGAAACUGUGGGUGGAGCUUAAAGCAGAUGGGCUAGAUGAAAAUAUGCUCGCUAUGGUAACGGACUCUUGCUGGGCGACCAACCAGCCUUUACCAGCUGGAACCCUGAGAUACGACCUCAUCAUUGAUGGCUGUCCCAACCCUAAUGAUGAGACAGUGACGGUGGAAGGAAACGGCAUGGGAAUGUCCAACCACUUUUCUUUUAACACAUUCCAGUUCUCUGGAAAGAACGGUGAAGUUUAUUUGCAUUGCAAAGUAGAGCUUUGUGUCAAACAUGAGGAUACCUGCAUCAAGAGUUGCAGCCAGGCUCAUAGACGGCGCCGGUCUGCUGCACCAAAGUACUUGGAUAAAAACUCUGCCUUCAUCUCUGUGGCCUGGACUUAUUAGGUUUCCAUGGCGACCAUCGAGAUCAAAAUUAUUGCUGUUUGGGUUUUUUUCACUACCAGGUUUUAGAAUUUGUAAAUGUUGACGUCUGUAAGGUAAAAUCAGACUGGGUCUUCUUUAGGGAUUUACUCACUCACCAACCAUGUUGGACAGGAAGUUAGGUUAGGUUACGUUUCAGGCUUUUCUGACCAGGUUUUUACCAAAGUAUUUUAAGUUUAUGGGGUUGCAUGAAAUGAAACCAUGUAUCUGGAAACUUUUUUACAUUCUAAAUGUUGU